AUGAAUUUAGAGGGUGAUGCUCUUGAUGUUUUUACUUGGAUUUCUUUGGGAAGAACCAUUAGUUAUUGGGAAGAUUUAAUUCAGAUUUUCCAGGAACAUUUUGGUCCAGCAGAAUUUCAAAAUCCAGAUGUUCAUUUAUGUAAUAUCAAGCAAACUGGUUCAGUCCAUGAAUAUAGACAAGAGUUCGCCAGAAGGGUUUCUAGAGUACAUGGGUGGCCUGAGCAUUGUUUACUUGGAGUUUUUAUUAAUGGGUUGAAAGAGGAGUUACAGUAUGAUGUUAAAAUUCAAAAGCCCAGAACCGUUUACAAAGCAGCCAGCCUAGCAAUGGAGUUUGAAUUAAAAUUACAAGCCCAGCAAGCCUCUCGUCCAGUUCAACGUGCCAUCAACCACGUGGCACUAAGAGUGAAGCAGUUACCCUUGACAUUUUCUAGCACUUCAGCGUCAGUUACCACUCCCUCCUACAUUUCCAAAAGUGACAAGCAGUUAAGGAGAGAGAAAGGGCUUUGUUUUAAAUGUGGAGAUAAAUUCUCUCCUGGCCACCGUUGCAAACCAUCUUCCUUUAAGCUUUUAGAAAUCACAGAAGAUUGUGACGAACCUGCAAUGGAGAACACCACCUCAAGUUAUGCUGAAGAAAAUGAUAUUGCUGAAAUCUCACUUCAUGCAAUUUUGGGUGGUUCUACAUCAUCCACCAUGAAAUUGCAAGGCACCCUCUUAUCUAAACCUGUCCUUAUCCUGAUUGAUAGUGGUUCUACCCACAAUUUUAUUUAUGAGAAGAUUGUGGCAGAAUUAAAGAUUCCUACACAGCAGAUCCCUACCUUUGGAGUGCAGAUUGGAAAUGGGAAUAUCAUUGCCUGCCGAUCUGUUUGCAAGCAAGUGGAAAUUCAGGUGCAAAGUCUGACCAUCAAGGAUGACUUCUUCCCUUUUGCUAUUGGAGGGGCUGACAUGGUUUUGGGGAUUAAGUGGCUAGCUUCUCUCAAUACCGUGGAAGCAAAUUGGCAAAAGAUGUACAUGAUCUUUUGGGUGAAUGGCAAGAGGUACAAGCUUCAGGGGACACCUCAAUCUGAACGUACAAAGGCAUCUUUGCACAGUUUCAUGUCUACAGAAGACUUAUCUUGGCCUGAACAAUGUCCUCAUUAUCAGAAAGAUGAAAUAGAAAAACAAGUGGCAGAAUUGCAGAUCAAAGGUUUCAUAAGGCUUAGUGUUAGCCCAUUUGCUAGCCCAGUUCUAUUAGUGCCCAAGAAAGAUUCAACUUGGAGAUUUUGUGUUGACUACAGAGAACUCAACAAGAUUACUGUACCAGAUAAGUAUCCAAUUCCCAAUAUUGAUGAACUUAUUGAUGAGUUACAUGGCUCUUCUUACUUUUCAAAGAUAGAUCUUAGGUCUGGUUACCACCAGAUUCGUGUUCUGCCUGAAGACAUACCUAAAACUACAUUCAGGACACACUUUGGCCACUAUGAAUUUCUUUGA